AUGGAGGUUAACGUGUCGCUGCGUACCCUUUUGAACAUAAAUAGAGGGAAAAAACGCAAAAUCAAUAUUAACCAGUGGAAGAGAAACAUCCGUAAGAGUCAUAGAAAUGCAGGUGAAGCAUAUAUAUCUGUUAGAAACGAGAAUGUACCAGAAAAACCCCGUCCACAUGAGGAGCGACUAUGUAAGUGCAAAUCUGUUUGCAAGGCUGAUAAAAUUCAAGGCCAGUUUGGAGAUCUCUUCACAAAAUUCCAUAGCCUGGAUUAUAAUGGACAAACUGCGCACCUGGCCAGUUGUAUGGAACUUCAAGAGCCACAACGUAGACGGGUUCCCGAAGACAUCUCCAGACGACAAUGUACUGUACGAUACCACAUCCUUAUUGGAGUGAAGAAAUUACCAGUGUGCCAAAAAACUAUAUGUCAAGCAUUUGGAAUAACACCUCGAAGAAUCCAACACAUUCAGCAGAAGAUAAAAACAGAUAUGCCGUUACGUGAUCAACGUGGAAAACACAAUAAUAGGCCUAAAAAAGUCCACGAAACCGACAAAGAACGCAUAAAAGAACACAUAAAGUCGUUUCCACAUCAAGAAAACCAUUAUAGUCGCGCUGCAUCUUUGAAGAACUGCCUUCCUGCUGAAUUAAGCUUGAAAAAAAUGUACAAACUGUUUUGUGAAAAGUAUCCGCAAUGCAAUGUUUCCCGGCGCACUUACACUGACAUAUUUCAAUCAGACUUUAAUCUGCGCUUUGGUCUCCCUCGCUCAGAUACGUGUACGUUUUGUGAUAAAAUGUAUAUCAAGCUUGUGGCUACACCAGACGGUCCAGAAAGAAAAGCUAUUCUUGUUGACAGUGAACUCCACCAUGCACGUGCUGAGGCUGGAUACAAAGCAUUGAAGUUGGAUGCUGAAAAGGCUAAUCCACAACUCGUCGUACUCUUCACUGAUCUUCAGCAAGUGUUGUACUGUCCAACAUUGACUCAUUCUUCAGUAUUCUACCAACGUCAGUAUGCCACUUACAACUAUGAUAUUCACGAUGCAGGUUCAAACGAUGCCACUAUGAUGUUGUGGCAUGAAUCUAUUGGUAAUCGUGGUUCUACAGAUAUCGCUUCAGCUUUCCUGUGUUACAUAAAACAUAACUUUCGUCCAUUGAACUCAGGAGAAAUAAAAAAACUCAUUGUCUGGUCUGACCGAUGCGUCGGCCAGAAUAAUAACUGGAGAAUGCUGUCCAUGUUCCGUUUACUGAUUGUAAAUAGAUAUUUCACUCAAGUAGAAUAAAAGUUCUUAACUAGCGGUCACAGCUUCUUACCUUGCGACCGUGAUUUUUCGCUCAU